AUGUCUCCCGUGCCCAUCAUCUCUACCUUUAAUCGGCGCCAGGCCCCCAUCGACUACCCUUUCCCAGUACGGCCUAAUUCGAAUACUGCAUUUGCCUCUUUUAAAGCCAAUAUUGGUCCUGACCUCGCUUCUGCUUUGGGCGUAUCAGUGCAACGUAUCACUUCCGUAAAAAUCACAUCUAUCACUGAAGGACGAAGAAAGCGAGCUGAGUCUACCCCUUGUGUUUUCGAACUUUUCGUCGAUGGCGAGAUUGCCCUUGCUGCCCCAAUAACUGAGGGUUCUGGGAGUCUUAUGAUAUCUACCAACCCUGUACCCCCAAAGGAUUCAUACGAUUUUAUAAUCCGACACUCUUGCAGCGGUGAAAAUGUCAAGGUACUCCUUGAAGAGCUCGCCAUACAGAAUGGUGAAGGUGCAAGCUCAACUCCCAUUCCCUCCAUUAUUAUCGGUAAUCCUACUACUAGUAGUUCCGAGACUAACAGCGCUGGCUUGACUACCAACUCCGAGGGCGAAACUAUCUUCCCUACUGAUACUACGGCUGCAGCCAGCAGCGAGGCUACUACUAUCCCAUUGGGUGGAGAGACUAUCUCAACUACUGGGACUGCUACUGGUACCAUCAAUGAAAGCUUUAUCACCAAUUCAGACGGCGAGACUAUCUUCCCUACCGAAAUUACAACCGAGGCCAACAGCCCAGGUAGUUCUACAAGCUCUGAGGACGAAACUACAGGAACUGCUACUGGUAUUUCUCCUUCUGUAACUACUACUUUGCCUGCUGGCUUUCCUAGUCAAGUUGGCGAUUUUACUCUCUUCGGGUGCAUCGCCUCUACCGCAGGCUUCCCUUCCUUUACUCUUGCACAAUCCAACUCGGACAUGGACCUUGAUAGUUGUGCUUCUCUAUGCGCCAGACGUGCCUAUUUUGGCGUCUAUAAUACUGAUUGUUACUGUGGGGAUGAGAUUGGUCCUGCUACCAGCCGGGUUGACCUAGACCAGUGCGACAUCGAGUGUCCUGGAGACAACACCCAGUUCUGCGGAGGUGAAUCUAACUCCAAGCUUCGGGCUCGCCAAGCUAUAUCUAGCAAUCUCCUUCUGACCGUCUACAUCGCUAUUGAGGUUGAUGUCACUCUUACCCAGUCUGUCACCCAAACCGUGACAGACCAGAGGACUGUUAUCACUACUUUUACUACUACCACCACCGCCACCAAUACUGAAGCUUCAACUACAGCCACUGAGGUCAUCACCGCCACUCUGGUAUGCUCUUCUGGGAAAUGUCAUUCGAUCGACUCUAUUACUGUCUACACCUUUGUCGAGAUCAAAGGCAGCGAUCACAAUGGCCAAUGGGUUUAUGUCUCUGAGCCCUGCUCCUGCGCUGGUGGUCAGAGGUAUACUCCUAAGUUCUGCUACAAAGGCAAUUGUGACAGUAUCAAGGUCUACAAACCUGAGCAAUGCCAAGAUUGGUAUAACUACAACACGUUCUUUAUUCCGACAGAUACAGCUUGCAGCACAUGUUCCAGUGGCGAGAUUAUAUAUCAGCCAUGGGAGAACUCUUGGGGUACUCCUGAUAAUUUCAAUAGUGCGGUACCUACUUGUAGUGGACAUAAUUGCCCUUCUCAGAAAGACGCUGUUAGACCUUACCAGGGGGCCUCUAGCGGAGGAUCUAAGUCCAGUUCUAAUAACGGGGCCAGUGGCGACUCCCAGGGCGGUUCUGGUUCUGGUUCCAACAGAGAGUCUGGUGGUGGAUCUAAAGGAGAGUCUCAUGAUGGAUCUGACACUGCCCCCAAUGGCACCCCUAAUGGCAGCUCAAACAACAACUCGAACGGCGGCUCAAACGGCGACUCAACCGGCGACUCAACCGGCGGAUCCAACUCUGGUACAGAGCAAGAAUCUCAGAGCUCUAGUAUUCCUAGCUCCAAGGGAUCCUACCCUAGUACGGUCCCUGUUAUUAGUGGUGCUAGUAGUAAUGUCUUUAGUGUAGUGUCUCUUAUUUCUGCGCUUGCAGCUCUUCUCUAG